CGUCCUAGCUGAUCCCCGGCGGCCGUUGAUAUAUUCCGACUCCGAGUUCAAUCGCCGUUUACGGUUCAGCGUCUCUGUGUUCCCCGCACGCGAAGCUCUCUCCACCGCCAAGGUUCCCCAAUAACUGAACGGCGAGAGGUGAUCGCCGCCAUAUCUCGCCGCCAAAAACGAGGAUCAAUUUACCUGCUCGAGUUCUCCUCUCCCACCAGCCGGACAGCUAGAACAGCGGAAGGGAGAGGCAACAUGUCGAGAGGAGGCAGCUUCGAUUCCUCUCAUCUCCCGUCGAUUUGUCCUCCUGAACUUUCUAAACCCCCUCACAAACGCCCACCACGCCGCCGGAAGACGCCCAAAAAGUCUCCCGUCAAGAAGUAUGAGCCGGUCAACGUCCGCCACGGCGUCGCCGAGGCAGGUCCUUCGAAUUCGGAUACUUAUGGACCGGUUUCGCCGCGAAAUGAGCCGAGUUUGCCUAGUUCAGUUGAAUCCCCAGCCGAGGAGAACUUGUUGGAGCCAGAUAACAGGGUUAGCGGGAGUAAGAAUGAAGUCUGUGAUGGCUCGGGCGGUGGCAUGGUUAUUGAUGUUAUGAAUGUAUUGGAAGAGUUUCAGCUUGGGGCGGAAGAACCCGAGUUGUCUGCUGAUCAGUUCAGAAUCAACGAUCAGUUACAGGAGGACGAGUUACUUGCAAUGGAGUCCAUUUAUGGAGAAAAUGUCAUCAUUCUGGACAGGCAGAGAGGCUUGAGAUCUUUCGAGAUUCGUAUUGAACCUAAAAUUCCUGAUGAACUUACCAUAACCACAAAACUUACUUCAUCAAAUAGUAAGAUGCAGACGACAAGCACAACAAUUACUGCAGACGAGUUCUCAUAUUCGUUUAGAGUCCAGUUUGUUCCGCCAAUUGUGUUGACCUGCUCUUUCCCCAAAUCGUACCCAAGUCACAAACCUCCACAUUUCACCAUUUCUGUUCAGUGGCUGGAUUCCCUUAGAAUUUCGAGUCUUUGUUCGGUUCUAGAUUCGAUAUGGAUGGAACAACAGGGGCAAGAAGUUAUGUACCAAUGGAUUGACUGGCUUCAAAGCUUUUCUCUUCCUCACCUCGGGAUACAUCAAGAGAUCAUACUCGGUCCUUAUGGAGUAAAGCAUACUGGAGACAGGCGUGCAGUUUCAGAAAGUGUCUCCCCAGAUGUUGAUAUUCCUUCACUGAGGAGGUAUAAUGAUGAGCAAACCCUUGAGAAUUUCCUUAACAACUUGCAUGAGUGCUGCAUCUGUUUCUCGGAGUACCCAGGCAGUGACUUUUUCAGACUACCAUGCCAGCAUUUCUUCUGCCGGAACUGCAUCAAGACUUAUUCAGACUUGCAUGUUUCAGAAGGCACUGUGAAUAAACUCCUGUGCCCUCAGUCAAAAUGUGGGGGUAUGGUACCACCUGGUCUAUUGAAACAGUUACUCGGCGAUGAAAAGUAUGAACGCUACGAGUCCUUGUUGCUACAGAAGACGCUCGAGUGUAUGUCAGAUGCUGUGUAUUGCCCAAGAUGUGAGUUUGUCUGCAUUGAAGAUGACGACAAUUUCGCUCAGUGCUCCAAGUGCUUCUUUAACUUUUGCUCUCUUUGCAAGAAUUCACGCCAUGUAGGUGAACCUUGCCUGACCCCAGAGUUGAAGCUUCAAUUAUUGGAGAUGCGCCUCAAGUCUUCUCAAAUUAGCUCAACUCAGAGGCUUGCGGAACAAAAUAAGAUCAACGAACUUUUGAGUGAGAAGGAAAUAGCUCGAGAUGCCAAGCUUUGUCCACAUUGCAAAAUGGCAAUUUCGAAGACCGAGGGCUGUAACAAGAUGGUUUGUGGUAGUUGUGGGAACUACUUCUGUUACCUCUGUAGCAAAGCCAUCACAGGAUAUGAACACUUCAGGGAUGGAGCCUGUGAACUAUUCUCACAAGAAGCUAUUCAGCAGUGGGAGGCUCAGAUGAAUAUGCGUCAGACUGUUGGUCGGGUUCGAGCUGAACUCAACCUUGGUGAAGCUCACUCGUGUCCUAAUUGUGGUCAACGGAAUGCCAAGACGGACAAUAACAAUCACAUAUUCUGCUGGGCGUGCCAAAAGCACUACUGUUACUUGUGUCGCAAGGUUGUGAAGCGUAGCAGUGAGCAUUAUGGCCCGAAGAAAUGCAAGCAGCAUACAGCUGGAUAGCCUUCAAGUUCAGUCAUUACCAGUUAGACGAUUCCUUCCAGCUUCUUGACUGCUUGUCUGGAAGCUUUGGUUGUGGAAACAGUGGAAGUACUCGUCUGAUUGGAUAGUAGUACAUAUAAUUCAUUUAAACUAUAAUUCAUGCAUUUUUUAUGGGUUUGAGACAAUGAAUUUUCAAAACCACACAUUUUUAGUAUACACAUAAUCUUAAUAUGCAUACUCGUAAUACAUCAUUUCCAACAUACUCGUAAUACAUCAUUUCCAGAAUCAAAGGUUCCAAACGAACUCUUAAUGAAUUUGUGGUGUGCUU